AUGCUGUUCGCUUUCGUUAGCUUUGUGGCUGUCCUCACCCUCUGGGGGACUUUUUAUCCGGUGCCCUUUACGGGCAUCCGCCCCCAAGAUGGUUGGGGACGCCGGCUGGGCGAAACAGCAAAAUCGGCGUUGUUCGUGAGAGGCACGGUGGCACUGGUCCAAGUGGCCGCUUACGAGCUGGACACGGACCCCAACAAGGUUCCUCCGUUCUCGUUCUGGGUUCGGAAUACCAAGUUGGCUGGCCCCGGUUCUCACGAGGCCUUUGAAAACGAUCUGGCAGCGAUGUUGAGCACCGCUGUCCAUGAACCCUCGCGUACCGUCCCGGUGCCGUCCCGUGUCACUCCUGUCGAGAGUGACACGGCCGACAUUCAACACCACGGUACGGGUCAUGUGUUCCGCGUCGCUGUGGCUUUGAUUUCCUCCUUGACUUUCGGCAUGGGCUUGGUACUCGUCAGAAGUCUCUCGUUAGUCAAGUGCCUGAGCACCACGACUGGCUUCCGGACUAUGCCCAUGGUGGUGCGCGCCAACUCUGGUUCUACCAUGAGGUUGGACUCCAUCAUUGACAUACUCGGUUUGUCAAGCUCGUCGGUUGCAAGCCUCAGUGGCUUGCCUAAGCGCUAUCCAGGCUGGGAUCCAGUCCCACAUCUUUCAGUAGUGACGCUUGGCGGAAGUGUUGUACCACCGGUCGACCUUCCAACUUUCAACCAGGACGUAGCGGAAGAGGUCAGCUCAAUGGAAAAGUGGGAGGCCUCGAUUCUUGAAAAAGGGUCGGGUUACCACCCCUUCUUUGUUGACGCCCUCCUCCGUGAACUGCUGGGGCAAUACCAAGAAGAGCUGGACGUUGUGAGAGCCCCUAGGUUCGAACCAGAACUAGAGGAUAUCCCUGAGUUCGAUGAAUCGUUCACGGAAGAAGAUCUGGUCGAGUCCUCACCCUUUGUUUCGACGCCUGUCGAACAUUCCUCGCCUCUAUCGGUACCCGUACCGGUAGAGGAGGCAAUUGAGGCUCUUCUUGAGAUUCUUACCGUGAAUGUUCCAAAUCCAGAGCCGGCCGUCGAACUCACCGAUCCUGAAAGCGGCAAUAGCAGUCUCCUCGAGGAGCUGCCUGUCGAGGAAGAUGGACUAGAAGAGCAACAGGAAAACAGGCGACCAGCCGAGUCCCUCGAGGACGCUGGUGACGCGAGCACCGGCAAGAAGAAGAGGAACCGCCCCUCUCGAAAAACUCGCAUUCGCAAAGGGAAGGCGAAGCUUUUCGCUCUUCAGGAGCAGGUCAUCCGUGACGCCGAGGAGAAGAUGUCUGCGGCGGGGGCCCCGUCUUCUUCCUCAUGA